CCAGCCGUUCACUGGGGAGCUGCCCACCCAGCCCACGCUGCCCAUCCUCGGGGAGAAGCUGCACCAGGUAUUCCAAUAUGUCCUGGAGAACCUGUCCAACGUCAUGAGCGGCUACUGCCUCCCAGAACCUAUCUUCAGCAUCAAGCUGAAGGAGUGGGUGCAAAAGCUCAUGGUGACCCUGCGGCAUCCGUCGCUGCCGCUGCUGGAGCUGCAGGAGAUCAUGACCAGCGUGUCGGGCCGCAUCCCCACGUCCGUGGAGAAGGCCGUGCGUCGGGUCAUGGUGCAGUACGCCAGCAACAUCACCUCCGUGCUGUGCCAGUUCCCCAGCCAGCAGAUUGCCACCAUCCUGGACUGCCACGCAGCCACGCUGCAGCGCAAGGCCGACCGCGAGGUCUUCUUCAUGAACACCCAGAGCAUCGUGCAGCUGGUUCAGAGGUACCGCAGCGGGACGCGUGGCUACUUGAAGGCCGUGGUGCUGGACCUCCUGCGAAGAUACUUGCAUGUGGAGCAUUACUUCCAACAAGCCCACUACGACAAAUGUGUGAUCAGCCUGCGGGAGCAUUUCAAGCCAGACAUGACCCCGGUGCUGGGGUGCAUUUUUUCCCACUCGCAGGUGGCCAAGAAGAACCAGCUAGUCAUCAUGUUGAUC